GCUUUGCCUCGGGCCUGCAUCGAUUUGAUCGAUUCUAUUGCUGCAGAAAGGCAUUUGAUCGAUAGCGCUCAGGGACGGCCGGAUUUUGUAGUCAGCGGGAGUGCGGCCAAUUGUGUGGGAGAGUCACUGCUGGCGAUCGGGGAAGGACAUGCAAUUUGCUCUGGGAAGUGGCGGACAUGGAGGGAUGCUGACGAGGAGAGGUUGCCAGGGUUUUUAGAGUUUUGAGGUUUUGGUCCGGGGAGGUGAGGCUUAAGUGUGUAAUGCGGAGAUGAGAUUGACAUGGUUGAGAAUAGUUUUCGUUUUCUUCUGUCUCGUGGUGAGUGAGGAAGCGUUUGUGGAGUGGGCAGUGGUGUGUGGACUUUGGUUUUGAUAAAGAGCGAGAGAGCGAGAGAGAAAUUAGAGUGGAUGGUGGUGAGGAGGUGGCUGUUGUGAAGAGGUAGAUUUGCAGGAGUGAUGCAGAGCCUGGCGCAGCUCGAGAGUGCGGCUGUGGGAAGCACUCCGCUGCGAUGGAGUGGAAGGUUGGAAACGGAUUUGAGGCGCGUGGGAUGCCUGUCUCGCGUAUCUUUCGUGUGGCAGCGUUCGACUGAUUCCACCCGUUCAUUAUCUCCUUCUUCAUUGUCUUCUCGUUAUGGCCCUCCAUUGCUGCCUGGUUUUGUGUAUCCAAGGUAUAGGAGUGGCAGGUCGAGAAUACUCUGUGUGCAAGAUGAAAUUUCAAAACCCGAGUCGAACGACCUCGCAGAGAUAAUGUCAAAUGAGUCCGGAGAGGUUGACCCUAUGUACGAGAAGGGUGGAUCAAAUUAUUUUUCAGCGCUAGAGAAGAAUAAGAAUGUGAACGGGAAGUUAUCAGCGGUGACCAAUUUUGACCCUCGUCGCCCCUUUGACUUAACGUGGAUUGGGGCGUGGGCGGAUGAAGUGAGUGAGAGAGGCAUGCACAAGCGGAGAACCUUUUACAGUCAUGACGAUUGGUUGCAACAUCGAAGCUCAACAAGGCAUUACCGACAUUUUACGUCAACCUUGUCGUCUCGAGUGAUCGUGUCUUUGAUACCUCCUGUCGGCACCAUGACAGCCAUCUCAGUGGCAAUCUCAAUAUACAAUAGUAUCGUUUUAUCAGGGUGUUUGCCAUCAUUCAUUCCACUACUUCAUGCUUCACCUCUUUCUUACCAGCUGACUGCUCCAGCCUUGGCGUUGCUUCUCGUGUUUCGAACUGAAGCAUCCUAUUCCCGCUAUGAUGAGGCUCGUAAGACCUGGACAAAAGUUAUUAGCAGUUCAAAAGACAUGGUCCGCCAAUCGAUGACAUGGGCUCAACGUCCUGAUGAUAACCGACGUAAGAAGCUGUUACUGGACUACAUUCUGGCUUUUUCCGUGGCUCUCAAGUGUCACCUACUGUACAAUUCAGAUAUUGAAGAAGAGCUGAGUGAGAUUUUGGAAAAGGAUGACCUAGCGCUGGUUCUUAGUGCAGAGCAUCGGCCAAAUUGUCUCAUUCAGCUCAUAACUCAUUCUUUGAAAUGUAUCCAGCUCGAAGAUGGAGAGAGAAGCCUUCUGGAUGCAAAUAUUUCACAAUUUAAUGAGAGCAUAAGUAUAUGCGAGCGCAUAAUUCGCACGCCCAUCCCACUUGCCUAUACGCGAUUGACAUCACGAAUUUUGGUGCUGUGGCACCUUGCUUUGCCUAUUGUGCUUUGGGAUGAUUGUCAAUGGGUGGUUGUUCCCGCCACUUUCAUUAGUGCAGCCUCUCUGUUCUGCAUCGAGGAGGUUGGGGUCCUCAUUGAGGAGCCAUUUCCAAUCCUUGCAUUGGACCGAAUGUGUUCAAAAGCACGUGAAAAUAUACAGGAGAUAGCACAUUUGCAACAACAAACUCAAGAGCAUUUGAGAAAAAAGACCACCAAGGUGCCACGAAAUGGUGUUGCAAAUGGAGUGAUCAGAUCGUGAUCCGCUGGGAGAGUUACAUCUGAGACGUAUGCUGAUAAUAGCAUGUAUCAUUUACCAUCAGCAGGAUGAAGUGAUGAAGGACAAAGAUGAGAGAUUUUAAUGAGGAUGGGGAAGCUGCGUCAUUCCUUGGAACAGGUUCUGAGGCGCGCAGUUACUCACAGAACGGAUCACUAAUCGAGGUUGUAGAUAGGGUCUUGCUAUCCCAGAGGAUUCAUUUUUUGUUGAUAACCAAGUUCACUGAUUACAACCAGCAUAUAGGCUGUAUUCCUUAUUGUUACAAGACCCUCGAUUACGGCAGUUAUUUCUGCAUCAUACACUGUAAUACACUGUGCCACUUAAAAGUCAGGAACCAUGAGACUGACCUUUAACGACAUGGACUUAGCAAGCCAAAGUUGAAAUCAGAUAGCACACGACAUCAGUGUGAAGUCCUGUAGACUCAGAGCUUCUGCAGCUCAUGAUAAACUUAUUUGAGUACUACAUGAUAAACUUAUUACGGCAGUUAUUUCUGCAUCAUGCACUGUAAUACACUGGAUCUGCUUCAUGUGAAGAUUCUUCUGGCUUCAGAGGCACUCGAUCCUUUUCACA